AUGCAACAAUGUUUUAUAUAAGAUGAAUUUGAUGCCGAAGAUGUAAGUCCUUGGCAAGAAAUGAAUUUAUCUCCCCAACAAAUCCUUUAUAAAUCAAAUCAAUAAAAUCGAAGUUCAACAAUCUAUUCUAGCAAAGAUGAAAAGCAAAAAGUAAACAAUACAAAAACCAGUUAUUCUAAAUUAACUAAACAAACUGCAACAACUACGACUACAGAAUUUCCUAUAAGAUGCUUAAGGAAUAGAGUUAGGAGUAUAGAUUAGACUUAGAAAUAAUUUUUGAAAGCAACUCCUGUCAAAUAAUAUUGCGACUUUAAACUGUCGAAAGAGUUUUUAAUGUAUAGAAAUACAGCUGAUUUUCCUAAGCAAACUUUACCAAGGAAUUUUUUAUCCUUCUAAAGACUUAAAAAAUCUUUUAGUAGAAAAUAAACUGUUCACUCUCAAGAACUAAAUCCAUAAUUAUUAUAACUUCAAAUGCAGAUGAAAAAAAUAGAAGAAUAGGUGUAAUCACAAAAGAAAUCUUGUUGGGAAAUUGGUGCUCGUCGACUAUCUAAUCCCAAAUUUUAAACAUUUAUAAGUACUUAAGUUUGA